AUGUCGAUUGCAUUGCACAGGCCGAGUACUCUCAAUUCCACACUUGUUGGGUAUGUUGGUGAACCCAACGGUCGUGGUACACUCUCAUUAUUGUUCUCCUGCGUCUUUACUCUAUCUCUCUGCGUCUGGUCGGCAAUGCAUCUUAACCUACCCGAGCUGGAUGAGAGCCCCUCCUCAUACUCAUAUAGAUAUUUCAAAUGGAGUCUACUGGGGCUCUUUGGGCCCGAACUUGUGAUAUGGGCUGCAUGGAGGCAGUACAUCUCUGCUCAAUCAUUGACAAAGAUCAUUCGCAAGGAUUUGGCCACCGAAAGUGACGAUAUCCGAGCGCAGCAGUGGACCAUGAUUCACAGCUUCUACACCGGAAUGGGUGGAUUCGUUUUUGAUUUGACGCCCUCCAACGAAGAGAAAGGCUCUCCGUUUAUUACAACCCAUAAGCGCUUGCACGUUACACCACGUGGCAUCCAGCUUCUAGCCAAAUGCGGCCUACUUCCCUGCAUCACGGCUGGUGAUAUCACGGAUAAGAGCAAGACGGACUGGUCGGGCAAAGCAUUCUGCUGCCUACAAGUCUCUUGGAUGGUGAUACAAGCGAUUGCGCGUGCGGCGACCGGCCUACCCGUCACCCCACUCGAGACCAACACCAUCGGCCAUGUCGUUUGCGCCCUCAUCAACUAUACUCUGUGGUGGAAUAAGCCUCGCUGGGUCAAGGAGCCUACUGUUCUCCGCGGCGGGUGGACCGAGCCACUAUGUGCUUUCAUGUACAUGUCUAGCCAAGUAAGCGCUGAGAAGCGGAUAGAUCGCGACCUCUUGCGUGACUUUGGCGUCAAAGCCGAGAUGACGUCCGUUUUGUACUUUCCUGGCGAUGGCGACGGCGACGACUCCCACAAGAAGUGCCACAUUCAUGAGCAGUAUGCAAUCGCCAUGGAUCCCCAGCACGAUCCCAUCUUACAGCCAUCAGACGGCACUGUUCAGUUCCACUCCAUCCCUCGUCCAGAGCCCAAGGAGCUCAAUGAGGAUGAAUUGCGAUACCGAGAAGCGUUGCGGCUAUACCCCGAAAUGCCUGAAACGAUCAAGCAGCAAUUUCAGCGUCGAUGCGGUGUCUCCGAUUCGAGAGCACCGGCUUGGCAGUGCGAAGGGCUUGUGUGUCGCUCUGAAGAGCUCGUCGUCGAGCGCCCACGGAAUUGGCCUGGCGAUGACCUCGUGCGCAACAUGCAGGGUCACCUCAUGGGCCUCGUCUUGUGGAACGCCAGCACCGUCUACGGGGCCAUUCACCUGGCAGGUUGGCAUGAAGCUUUUCCGACAGUCCUGGAGUCAUGGUUCUGGAGAGUAUCAGCCAUGUAUAUCAUUUUUAGCGGCCUGCUAUGGUCAUUCCUCAACCUUCUUGGACACGUUUCUGGGCACGUCUGGUGGUAUUGGUAUGAGAUACUGGCUGGUGGUGUCCGCCGACGCAGCCAUGUCGUCAUUUACGUUUUGUGCUGCAUUGGCGGAACGCUUUAUAUUGUUGCUCGUGUUUUUCUAGUGCUCGAGGCCUUCAUUUCUAUCCGAGCGCUCCCUGCCUCGGCGUAUCAGUCGCCCUCCUGGGUGCUGACAGUACCGCACAUCUAG